AUGUACGAUGCAAGUGACUACGCCGUGGGAGCAGUGCUUGGGCAAAGGCGAGCCAGGGCUGAAGGAAGUUCAGACAUGAUGUACGAUACUACCAGUGGGACGAGCACUAUUUAUUCAAGCAAUGUGCUAACCAAGGGAUUAGGACCAUAUCACCCCCAAACAAAUGGACAUACUAAGGAGUCCAACCGAGAGAUCAGACAGAUUCUCGAGAAUGUGGUGAAUCCCAAGAGGAAAUACUUGUCCUGGAAGCUCGUUGAGGCACUCUGGGCUUAUCGCAUAGCCUUUAAGACUCUAUUGGGCAUGUCCCCGUUCAAGUUGUUCUAUGGAAAAGCGUACCAUCUUUCUUUUGAGCUAGAGCAUAAGGCCUACUGGACGAUUAAGAAGCUCAACAAGGACACCCAGUUGACUGGUAAGAAAAGGUUGCUAGAGCUAAAUGAAAUGGAGGAAUUUCAAGCCAAGGCUUAUGAAAAUACCCGCUUUUACAAAUAA